UAGCUUCGGAAGUGCAGUGUAAACAAAAUUUAUUUGUGAAUAUCAAUAAAGCUGACGACCAUUGUUUCUGCUUAUUAACAGACAACUCUCCCAUCACCUCGGAACUUUCCCUAAAACUCCGCUCUUCAAAUGGCUGUGCAAAUACUGAAUCAUACUACCGUGCGUUGCUGUAAGAUGUUGCUUUUGUUUUUAUUUUUGGAUUCGGUAGCAGCAGCAAGUAGCACCGGAAGUGAGGCGCCGAUGUAUGCGGACAUAAAUGAACGGAAUAAGCUGGAUAGCUCAGCGCUGGGCGACACAACAACACUCUUACCAGUGGACAACUAUAACAAUGAAAACAACAUUGCGGGCAUUGAUAAGGACAGACAUAAUUUGCCAUUUAACAUCGGAAAUUCGUUACGUUCACUGAACAUCGUUAAGCGAACACCGAACGGCUUCAUUGGAAUGCGCGGCAAGAAGGAGUAUGAAUUUACCGAUUACAGCAAUGCCAACAAUCCGGCACUAAAUGGCGAUGGUACUGCCGAUUGGAACAUUGAACCAUUGCAACAAGCCGCUUACGAAAAUGAGCAAAAUACUGCCUAUGAUCGUGUGCUGGCAAUGGAGCCGCGCUUCAAGAAAGCACCAAGUACUUUUUAUGGCGUGCGUGGCAAGAAAUAUGCUGACAGUGAUUUUAGCCGCAUUGAUUCGCUGUUGCAACACCUUGAGGAGGAGCAUUUGCGUGAAGCGCUGAUCGAGGAUUUUAUAAAUAAUUUGUUAAAUCGUAAGGUAUUACCAGCAAAUGAUGUGACUAAGCGCGCACCAAUCGGUUUCACAGGAGUACGUGGCAAGCGACCAGCUGCUGGUGUUUUAGACUAUUUGUAUAAUGAUGAAGAUGGUACAUUGCCGUUGCCAAUGUUGGAUGCGAAGCGGGGCCCGGUAAAUGCGUUUGUGGGUGUGCGUGGAAAAAAGGAUGUAGAUCAUCAGGCCUUCAAGAGAUCACCAGUAGAUUCUGUCAACCGGCGCGGCAAGUCUCAACGUUUCGUCGAUUUUGGCAAUAAAUUUGUGGCAGUACGUGGCAAGAAGUCCAAUUUGAACGGCGGUGAUAGCAGCACUUUCUCCGAUGAUACAAACCAGCGGUACUAUAUGAACAAUAUGUCCUUAAUGCCGCUGCUGGGUGUGCGUGGCAAGCGAGCUGUUAAUGCAAUGCCGGCGGAAGCGGAAGAUGCGACGUAUGAAUUAGCUGUCAACGACGACAACUGAAUUCAGUGGUUCCGCAAUUUAGAAAUACACAUUUUUUCAACAGGCUAUUAGCGAAAAAUAAGUUUUCUUUUUUAAAUUUAGUUUUCAUGCGAGUGUGGAAUAAAAUUCAAAGUUCCUCUCAGUAACGGAAUUCAAAUUUUCAUACAAUAUAUACAUACAUAUACAUAUGUACAUAUACGCACAUAUUCACUGCGUGACAUUUUUUGAUUAUGGAUAAGAAAAUUUGCGGUGUGAAAACAAAUUUAAACAUAACUUGUGAAUAACUUAACUGAAUAUUUUUAGUUUUAAUUACUAUUAAACUUUUAAAUUUACAUAUAUUUUCCAAAAAUUACGUGUAAGGUGAAUGCACUGAGCAAUCAUGGGCUGGAA